CAGCUUCACUCAGCAACAAUCACUUCAGCUCAUCAACUUUCAUUGACUUCAAGAAGUUGAUUCAUUUUUGAUUUCACUUCACUCUUAUUGAUCUUCAACUAGAUUUCAACAGUUCAGUUUUAUAUCCUUCAAGUAUAACCUUUCUUGUCUGUCUUCAUUUCUCGAACCACGUAUCCUCAAAUCACAUUUCUUCAAAAUGCCACCACGCGCUCGUGCCAAUGCUGCGGCAAACUCAUCAGCCGACCCUAAACCCAACUCAAAGUCUACCACUAAAUCAACUGCUAAAACUACCACCACAGGCGGUGCCAAACGUGGUCGGAAACCUGCCAACGCGUCUACAAAGCAAGCUUCUCCACCUGAAGAACCUGUUCAAACAGCUACUAGUCCGAUCAUCAAUGAAACAGAAAAGCCUAAAGGACGAGGGAAACGAGCAAGAUCAGCUGAUCCUUCUGGAUCUACUAGAGCACCUAAACGAGCUCUUAGUGUGAAACCUAAAGAACCUCGUCCACUUUUUUCAGCUAAAGCUACUCGUGCUUCAUUUAAUCCAUUACCUCAACCUGAUCCACUUUUAUCUGAAGAUCAUCGAAAGAGCGAACGAUGUGGGAAUCCGAUCAAUUCUUUUACAUUUGAUCCUCAUCCGUGGCUCAACUCUUCACUUAGUACAACAGAAUCUAAAUGUAUGUUAAUGUUUGGAUCAGGUGAUAUGGGACAGAUGGGACUAGGUGCAGAGAAGUUGGAUGAUAUCAAAAAACCCGUACUACAUGCCUUAGUUGAAGAACUCAAAAAUGAAACCAAGAUGGGAAAGAAUGGAGGACCAGAGACAGUAGCAUGUGGUGGGAUGCAUAGUUUAUUAAUAGACGGAUUAGGUCAGAUUUGGAGUUGGGGUAUUAAUGAUAAUGCAGCUUUAGGACGAAAGACAGAAGGGAUUGAAGGAGUUGAUCAAGAAGAACUUGAAUCUCGUCCGAUGCUUGUCGAAGGUCUUGUACAGGGUAGUGAACAUCAAGUCUUUAGAGCUGUUCGAGUUAGCGCUGGUGAUUCGGUUAGUGUAGCAGUUAGUGAAAAAGGAGAGACUAGAGCCUGGGGAAGCUUUCGGUCUAAUGAUGGGCUAUUGGGCUUCGAUGGGAACAUUGGAACAGAAGUUAAACAGCUAGUCCCAACCCGAGUACCGAAUCUCUCGCAAUAUCCUGUCUCUCAAGUUGUCUGUGGAUAUGAUCACGUACUUGCUCUCACUACCGAUGGCCACGUUUACAGUUGGGGUAACGGUCAACAACAUCAACUUGGUCGAAAGAUCAUCGAACGACGUAAACGGAAUGGUCUUACACCUGAACGACUUAACCUAAAACACAUUGUUCUCAUCGGUACUGGUGGUAGUCAUUCUUUUGCUGUGAAUCAAACUGGACUUGUCUAUGGCUGGGGUCUCAAUACGAGAGGUCAAUUAGGAAUUGGUAGUACUGAAAACUCAGAUGCAGAUGAAAUCAUUCCUGUACCUACCUUGAUCGAAAGUAUGAGUCCAGAUCAACACAAUGGAGCAAGAGUCGUAGCCAUCGAAGGAGGUGAUUUUCAUUCACUGUUUUUACUUAGUAAUGGAGAAGUUUGGGGAGUAGGAAAUUAUGAAAAUAGUGAGAUUGGAAUUCCAAAGAGUCAUCAAGCGAUUCUAGCCGUUGAAAAAUUACGUCAAGAAGGUACAGAGAAGAAACAAGAGUUUGUUAGCAAAGGAUUAGAACGUAGGAAGAUUGAAGUAGAAGGUAUGAUUAAAGCAUAUGAAUCCAAGGCUAAAGCUUCAGAUGAUCCAGAUGAUAAACCUAGAUGGGAUGAUAUGGCCGAAUUGAUCGAAAUCGAACAAGUGGCUGCCAAUCAACGAUUCAUACCUGGUCAAUGUAUUCAUACACCACUCAAGUUAGAUUUCCCAUCACCUAUUGUGGAUAUCUCAUGUGGUACUCGUCAUAAUCUUGCAGUAGAUGAUCAAGGAAACGCUUAUAGUUGGGGAUUAGGUCAAUCAAAUGAACUGGGUCAAGGUAAAGAUGAAGAUGGAGAUGAUAUUGAAUUAGUUGAAACACCUAAGAAAUUAACUAGUAAAGCACUUAGUGUGGAUGGAGUGAAUGGAUUAGGUCAAAUUAAAAUUUUGAAAUGUGAAGCAGGUGGAACUCAUUCGAUUUUAAUCGGAGUAAAUAGAUCAGUACAAGAAAAAUCGGAAAAGAUCAGUAAAGUGAAUGGAAUCAAGUGAUUGAAAAUCAGUUUAGAUUGAAUUGAAACUUGAAGUUUGAAGUGGUUUAAGAUAAAGUGACAGUAGG